AUGCUCAAAGGUUUUUAUCCAAUUCUUGAGGUGCACGCAGAAGAUCAACCCUUCGGAUUCUUCAAACGCUUCUCGUGUGAUAUAGAAAUCGAAAACUGGAGGAAGAAGAGGAGGGGUGAGCAUGGCUACUGUAUCAGCAGCAUCGUCGCUGCCGCCGUUUCUGAACAAGACCUGAACACUUAUGGGUUCAAAAAAGUUCACCCAGACCGCUGGGAAUUUGCAAACGAGGGUUUUCUCAGAGGUCACAAGCACCUGCUGAAGAGCAUAAGCAGGCGAAAACCUUCCCAUGCACAGGACCACGAACAACCCUCUCAAGUUCAGAGUUCAUCUGAUGGAUCUUCCAUUGAAGCUGGAAAGUUUGGGAUAGAGGAAGAGGUUGAAAAGCUGAAAAGAGAUAAGAAUGUUCUUGGGCAGGAGCUUGUCAGGUUGAGGCAACAACAGCAAUCAACCGAUCUCCAGUUUCAAACUGUAGGGCAACGUGUUCAUGUUAUGGAGCAACACCAGCAACAAAUGAUGUCCUUCCUUGCAAAAGCAAUGCAAAAUCCUGGCUUCAUAGCCCAGCUGUUUCAUCAGCCGAAUGAAAGUAAGAUGCAUAAAUCUGGUGGGAAUAAGAAAAGGAGAUUCCCCAAUCAGGAGGAAGAAAAUUUAACACGUAAAUUAGGUAUUGCGUCACCUGAUGGACAGAUUGUCAAGUACCAGCCUCUGAUGAAUGAAGCGGCAAAGGCAAUGCUGCAGCAAAUCCUAAAAAUGAGUGCAUCUGGUAGGAUUGAAUCCAAAUUUAGCAACAUAAAUGGUUUCUUGAUGGAUAACAUGCAUCCUCCAUCCAAUGUAUUAGACAACAGUAGUUCCCCUAAUCGAAUGUCUGGAGUUACUCUCUCAGAGGUUUUACCGUCUUCUUCACAGUCUCUAAUGGCAGCAGAUUCAGUAUUUCCAUUCAACCGUCCUUCAUCUGCCUUAUCCAAGAUCCAUUCCUCCUCUAGUUUGGUGAAUGGGAAGGCUCAAGGCACUCUGCUUCCUGAAAUUGACGUGGCAUUGCCAGAAUUUUCUCAAGUGAAUCCAGAAAAGAAUGUUAAUCUGCCUGACACGCCUUUUGAUGGAACCGGGUCUGAAGAGAUGGAAUACAUGGAUGCAAUGCCAGGUUCUGUCGAUGGCCCUAUGCCAGUUGCAUCAGAUGGAUUUUCAUCAGAUCCCGAUGUUGAUGUCUUGGUAGACGAGAUUCCUAAGCUUCCAGGCAUAAAUGAUGUAUUCUGGGAGCAAUUUCUCUCAUCAAGUCCUGUAACCGGGGAUAUGGAUAAGACAGAUUCUAGCGCAUUUGGAGGUGGUAUAGGAAAGGAGGAGGACCAGCAGACUGCGAAAGAAGGUGAAUGGGAUAAAAUGAAGAAUAUGAGUAAUCUUACUGUGGAGAUGGGACUUCUUGCGUCGGCGUCGAAGAGUGGAUGA